AGUUCAACCACUGGAGUUCUAAAAAGAAAAGUUCAACUACUGGUGACCUAGUGCACGAAUCUUGAUGUCGAUCAAACGGCCAAAAUUCGCAAGAUUUAGGGCUGAUUUGGUUUGAGGCCCUACCAAAAUGUUGGUAGUGCCAUAGAGUAGAUUUAUUACUAUUUAGCCAAUCCAAAUACUAUCAUGAAGCUACUAAAAUAUUGGCAUGGCACAAAUUAGCACUAAUCCAAACAUGCCCUUAUUGAACCAAAUCAGCCAAUUAAUACUCCUCAAUCACCAAUUUACCACCCAAAUACCCGGAUCCAAUUCUUGACUCGACGCACGAGUUACACACUUAACUACACGAGACGACGAAACUCGAGUAAUUAAGCCCAGCCAGGGUCAUAUCGUUACCUCGCCGCCGCACCGGUGAGUGUGUCAGUCAACGCCACGAACCCAACUCCACUCAUCCUCUCAUCCCGCCUCUAUAAAUCCUACCCGUACGUGCUACCAACUGCUCGCUCGAUCGAUCGCCCACACGCGCUCCGCACGUCGACGCGCAAAACCCCUCCUCCCCUCCCCUCGCCGGCGAUGGAGCCGGCCGCCGCCGCCGCCGCCGGGCAGCUCGACGUGGACAAGCUCACCUACGAGAUCUUCUCCAUUCUCGAGAGCAAGUUCUUGUUCGGUUACGAUGAUCCCAAGCUCGUCUUCAGCGGCGGCGACGAGCCGCAGGGGGCGGUGAAGGGGACUCUGGCGAGAGGCCCGGCGGUGGUGGAGCGUGGCAAGGUGUGCGUGCUGUCGAUUGAUGGGGGUGGGCGGGCGGCGGAUGGGCUGCUCGCCGGCGCGGCGCUGGUGAGCUUGGAGGCGUCGCUGCGGCGGCGGACCGGGGAUGAGACGGCGAGGCUGGCGGAUUUCUUCGAUGUCGCUGCUGGCUCCGGCGCCGGCGGCGUGCUCGCGGCGAUGCUGGUCGCGCGCGGCGGGGAUGGGCGGCCGAUGUUCUCCGCCGAGGACGCGCUGGCGUUCCUCAUGAGGAGCCUGCGGCGAGGGUGGUCCGGCGGCGGCGGCGGCGGCGCCGCCGGUGGCAUCCGCGCGCUGUUCCGCCGCCCCGGCGCCGCGUUCCGGAAGGUGUUCGGCGACCUGACGCUGCGGGACACGGUGCGGCCGGUGCUGGUGCCGUGCUACGACCUCGCGUCGGCGGGGCCGUUCCUCUUCUCCCGCGCCGACGCCGUCGAGACGGCGGCGUACGACUUCCGCCUCCGCGACGUGUGCGCCGCCACCUGCGCCGGGUCGGACGGCUCGGCGUCGGCGGUGGAGGUGCGGUCCUCCGACGGCGCCACCCGCAUCGCGGCCGUCGGCGGCGGCCUCGCGCUCGGCAACCCCACGGCGGCGGCCAUCACCCACGUGCUCAACAACAAGCGCGAGUUCCCUCUCGCCGCCGGCGUCGAGGACCUCCUGGUCAUCUCCAUCGGCAGCGGCGAGUGCGACAACCGCCCCACCGGUGGCGCCGCCGCCUCGACAUCCGAGAUCGUCAGGAUCGCCGCCGAAGGCGUCGCCGACAUGGUACAGAAAAAAACAAUCCAUCCAGUGGAUCAAGCAGUGGCCAUGGCGUUCGGACAUAAUAGGACAAACAACUACAUCCGUAUACAGGCGAUGGGGUCGCCGCGGGCGAGCCGAGGAGGGAUGAGAUGCGGCGGCGGCGGCGGCGGCGAUGGCGCGGGGUGGGGCGUGGCGGAGGAGAUGCUGUCGCAGAAGAACGUGGAGUCGGUGCUGUUCCGGGGGAAGAAGCUGGCGGAGCAGACGAACGCCGAGAAGCUGGAGUGGUUCGCGCACGAGCUCGUCAAGGAGCGGGAUCGCCGGAGGACGGCCGGCGCGCUCGCCCCCGCCGUCGUCAAGCAGCAGCCGUCGGAGUCGGCGCCGGCGACGGCGGCCGCCGCCGAUGGCCACACGCCGCCGCCGACGUCGUACUCGAACCUGGUCAGCCAGAUGUUCACCACCAUCCUGUAGACCUGUAGACGUGCGUGCGUGGCAAGCGAAAUGUGCUUCCGAUGUAUUGAUUCUCUCCCCUUAUUUUUGGCUGAAUUUUGUAAAUGCAGAGUAACAAAAAUGUGCAUGCUUGCCGUGAUCUGUACGUAGGACAUGCCUGUUUUUUUUUUUAAUCUCCCUCUAAAUCCUAGGAUGCUUAAUGGAGAGCUGGUAAGUUGACUAAAAGCUGUAGAAUCAAGUUAAGUACUGCUAGUAGUGAUAGCUG